AUGAAGGAGAACACAGGAUAUGGGGACAUCAUGGAGCUGACAGAGAAAUUCACUUUCAAUCCAAAAGAGGGGAUUGACAAUCCAGCUCUGGUCAUCUCGGAUGAUGCAGCACCUGCUCCAGGGCCGGAGCUGCGCCUCUGCGUGCUGAAGCGCAAGGCGGGAGAGAGCUACGGGUUCCACAUGCGUGUAGAGAGCGGCUGCCGGGGUCAUGUGAUCCGGCAGGUGGAGCCGUGGGGCGUGGCGGAGCGGGCCGGACUGAGGGACGGGGACCGGCUGCUGGAGGUCAACGAGACCUUCGUGGACGACCUCGAGCACCUGGAGGUCGCUCAGAGUAUCCAGGUGGGGGGGCCUCAGCUGUGUCUGCUGGUGCUGGGAGGAGAGGAGUAUGACCAGGCCUUGUCAGAGGGUCUGGAUCUCCGGGCCCUGACCAGGGACCACCGCGGGCAGGACUGCGCCCGGCCCCGACUCUGCCACAUCACCAGGGACCCCGGGACUGGCAUGGGCAUCAGCAUCGUUGUCGUCGAUGGAGAGAGAGGCAAGUACUCUGUGAGCACUGCGCCCGGGGGUCCUGCAGAACGAGCAGGGGUGCAGAAGGGGGACCACCUGGUGUGGAUCAACGGUGCCGUCGCAUCAGAACUCACACAGUCUGCAAUCAACAAGAUGGUGAAGAGGUGUGGGAACCAUCUGACCGUGCUGGUGAUUGACAGCGAGAGCGAGCAGAGCUAUGCCCGCCGGCGGAUGCCCAUCCUGCCCGCCAUGGCCGGCACCCACAACCUGCCGCACCGCCCCCUGAGGCUCCACCUGGUGCAGGGGCCCGACGGCUACGGCUUCCUGCUCAGGCAGGAGAAGUCUGCCUCGGGGCGUAUCGACCACAGGCUGCGUGAGGUGGACGCUGAGAGUCCGGCGGAGAAGGCGGGGAUACAGGACGGAGACGCGCUAUUGGCCGUGAACGGGGAGGCGGUGGAGAGCAUGGAGCAUGAUGACAUCGUCCACCGGAUCCGGCAGAGUGGACGACGCGUCACCCUCACCAUCGUCCACACCCAGGGAAAGGACUUCUUCACCCAGUUGGGUCUGUCUCCUCUAGUUUUCUGUGAAGAGUUCCUCCAUGAAAAAGAACAGAAUACAACAGCGCCCUCUGCUGUUCCUCCAAAAGAAGCACAGGCUGAUCUCCCCUGCCCGCGUCUAUGCGUCCUUGAAAGAGGGCCCACUGGAUUCGGCUUCCACCUGGGCUGCUUUGAGCAAGAGCCAGGAACCUUCGUAGGCCAGGUGGCGUUAGGUGGACCAGGACAGAAGGCUGGUCUCUUUCAAGGCGACGUAGUUGUGGAGGUGAACGGGCAGAACGUGGAGGAGGAAUACCUGGAGGAUGUGGCCCUGCUGGUGAAGGAGGGAGGGCAGUCUCUCAGCAUGUUGGUGGUGGACAGGCCUGGAUACACGAGGCUGAAACAGAGUGGCACAGCAAUUGCGCCAAGCCUCAUUCCACAUUGUGCUGAGGGUGAAAAGACCGUAGACGAUUCUGUAAUGUGA